ACUACCGCGCGGAUUCAACAGUAUCUGAUGUUCUUGGAUGAUUACCAAGAAGUAUUUCAAGAUACUGAUGUGGGUUUUUGUGCUCUUGGGACAACCUUGAAAAAGUCAGGGAAGGAAAAAAUGAGGAUGAUAGACCAUGACCAUGUAAUUCAUAUUGCAAAGUUAAGUUCUGCAGCCGGCUGUAAAGAAUUUCAUCUUGUCAGUUCAAAAGCAGCAAACAAAACCAGUAUCUUUUUUUAUCUUCAACUUAAAGGUGAAACAGAAUCAGAUUUAAUAUCACUUAAUUUAUUUCCUAAAUGUCUUGCAAUCUAUCGUCCAGCUACAUUAUUAUGUUCACGUGUUGAAUCACGACUAACGGAAAGAGCUUUUCAAAUUUUAUUAAAACCUUUCGCAUAUCUUGCACCUACAUUAUUGACAACACCAAUUGAUAUCCUUGCAAAGGCUAUGACCAAUGCUCCAUUUAGUUCCAAAUUAAAAAUUGAUUUAUCUGUACAACAAGAAAAAUCACUACCCAAAAAUGUGUAUAUUUUCGAAAAUUCUGAUAUUUUCUUACUUGCAUCAGAAAACAAGGAUAUAUAAUUAUUCCAUUGGAAUUGUGCUCUAACUUUGAAGUAAGUUCUUAUUCCAUUUUGCUGACAUUUUACAUCAUGCCAUUGACAUUUUAUUGAAUUCAUGAAUCCAUGGAUUUAAUUCACUUAUCUUAAUAUCUUUCCAAUUGGGUAGUAUUCGUAAUUCUCACAUAUUGAUUGUAACCUAUAUUCGGAUUCACAAACUAUUUUGCACGUGGUCACUACGAUACAGUUGUUUUUACAUUCUUACUUUUUUCGUUCACAAAUAUUCUGCGUUCAAUAUGUUUGUUAAAUUGGUUUGUUUUUCAUUAUAAUAGUUUUAUUGACUGAAACAUUUCUUGUUAUAGAUCAACAACUACCUGUCAGUCUUUCUGCCGUUCUUGUUUUCUUAUCAUUUUUGUUACGCAUUAUUUACACGAUUUAUAAUCAAACCUGUACAUCCAGUCGUUUUUUAAAAAAAUACGAAACUGUAAUACGGUUUGUUGGUUUUUGUUUACGUAAUGAUAAAUUUCAACUUUAAAUGUUU